CGGAGCGAAGCAGUAGUAGGUAGGUACCGGGUGACAUCUAAGACUUUUACCACACGGCUCUUUUCCUAGCUCAAGGAAGAGUAAUAUAACCCGUUCCACCCGCUCGAGUUGCCCUUGAUAUUGAGCGUUCUUCGAUCGUUUACUCUCAUAUGCUAUCUGGAGCUGCAACUCGAGUCCGAGCCCUUAGAAUCACACCUGGUCAUCAAAUCCGAUCCAUCCCAAUGGCACUCCACCAAGCCACGGGCAUGUCGACUGCCCCUUCACUAGACAAGCUGAUCUUCGCACCCGGCCACGACCCCAAAGACAUCCACCGCGCCGCGCAAUUCACAAAAUUCCGCCUCCACCGGCACGACCUAGUCGACGACCCAUUCCUCCAAUUCCACAAAUGGUUCUCCGCGCCCGAACUGAGCACCUCGAUCCCCGAAACCGUCACCCUCUCAACCGCCGAACUACCCUCAGGCCGCGUGUCUUCCCGCAUGGUCUACCUCAAAGAACUCGACAAGCGCGGUUUCGUCAUCUACACAAACCUAGGAACCAGUCGCAAAGCUUCCGACCUCGCGACCAACAGUUACGCCAGUCUAUGUUUCUGGUGGAAACCCGUCGAGAGACAGGUGCGGGUUGAAGGACGCGUCGAGAGAUUAAGCCAGCAGGAAAGUCAGGUCUAUUUCGAUACUCGAGCCAGAGGGUCGAGAAUUGGGGCUUGGGCGAGUCAGCAGAGUAGUGUGCUUGUACCGCGAAAGGCGGCGGCGGCGAAGCCGGCGACGCCCACAACAACAACGACAGCAACGACGACGACUACCGAAGAAAAAGAAGACAAUCAAAACAACGUUGACGCAGUUGAGGGUGCUGAGGACGAUGACGACGGUCGGGCCGAACUCGAUGCCCGCGUCAAAGAAAUCGAAGCCCGGUUUGCCGAUACCGAUGAAAUUCCCGUCCCGCCGUUCUGGGGUGGAAUCCGUAUCGUUCCGGAAACCAUUGAGUUCUGGCAGGGGAGAGAGUCUCGUUUGCAUGAUCGGUUUCGGUAUACUAGGAUCCAAAAACAAGAUGGGACGCAACAACCUGAUCAGUCGGCUCCAGCUUGGAAGAUCGAAAGACUUAGUCCUUGAUGUUGACCAAAAGAAACAAAGACCAACAGGAAGACUACCUAGGUCAACUGUACAUACAUGUACAUGUAGAUAUCAAGACACAAAACAAGACAAAACGAGAUAAGUGCGCAUCGAAAAUA